AUGUCCCCCUUCAACCUCGAGACAUGCGCUCGACCAAACAUCCUUAGACUGCAACCAUACCGUUGCGCAAGAGAUGAUUAUAAAGAUGACGGGCACAACAUCCUCCUUGACGCCAAUGAGAACGCCUACGGCCCGCCCAUCUCUCAGCAGGCCUCAGCCGCCCUACAGAAUGGCAACGCGGCCAGGCUGGACCUCCUAGGCCUGCACCGCUACCCAGACCCGCACCAGCACGACCUCAAGCAGCUGCUGUGCAACUUGCGCGGCACCCACGCCCACACGGACAAGGCACUCACCCCGGAGAACCUCUUCGUCGGCGUCGGCUCCGACGAGGCCAUCGACGCACUGCUGCGCUGCUUCUGCGUCCCCGGCCGCGACCAGAUCCUCGUGUGCCCGCCCACCUACGGCAUGUACGCCGUCUCCGCCGACGUCAACGACGUCGGCCUGUUCAAGGUGCCCUUGCUCCCCGCGCCCGGCUUCCAGCUGGACGUGCCCGCCAUCCUGGCCGCGCUCGACGACGCCGACGCCAACCACAUCAAGCUGGUCUACCUGUGCUCGCCCGGCAACCCGACGGGCUCGCUGCUGGCCAAGGAGGACGUGCGGAGGGUGCUGGAGCACCCGAAGUGGAACGGCGUCGUGGUGCUGGACGAGGCCUACGUCGACUUCGCGGGCAGCGACAAGGGCGAGGCGUCGCUGGCCGAGUGGGUCAACGAGUGGCCCAACCUUGUCGUCAUGCAGACGCUGUCCAAGGCCUUCGGCAUGGCCGGCAUCAGGCUGGGCGCCGCCUUCUGCGCGCCGCCCGUGGCCCGCAUGCUCAACAGCCUCAAGGCCCCCUACAACGUGUCGUCGCCCACGAGCGCCUUGGCGUCGUACGUGCUGUCCGCCGACGGCCUCGGCGCCAUGCGCGAGAACAGGGCCAGGCUGGUCGAGCAGAGGGACAGGCUCAUCGCCGAGCUGGCCAAGGUCCCCGGCGUCGGGAGGCUGCGCGGCGGUACUGAGAGCAACUUCCUGUUGUACGAGAUAGUGAACACCGAGGGCAAGCCGGACAACAAGACGGCGCUCGCGGUCUAUGAGGGCCUGGCGGAGACCAAGGGCGUCGUGGUCAGGUUCAGGGGCAAGGAGCACGGUUGUGAAGGGUGCUUGAGGAUCACGGUCGGCACUGAGGCGGAGAUCACGCGGUUCUUGGAAUCGAUUAGGAAGACAUUGGCUGAGGUGAGGGGCAUACAGACCCCUAGCGAUGAGGAAAGGAGGGAAAAGGAGGCCAGCGGUGUUGUUGCAUAG